GCUGUAAUUGGUGUUCAUUGAUAUUAGUUAAUUAAUUCCUUUUGUAAUGACUGUAAGGCUGCAGGCCGAUCUCCCGUAGUAGAAACCAGAUCAGAACCUGGGCCCUCUGACCCCGACGCUGUGGGGCCCAUCUCCCCUACACUAGAGGGCUUUGUCUGCCUGAAACCUCCUGUACUCGGGAGCUGAGCCAUCCUCAUCUCCACCAUGGCCUCCUCAUCCCUGCCCCGAGGCCUGGCCAGCCCCUGCCUUGGGGGGACAAGCCAUUAGGCCUGGAGUGUUCCCUAAGUGCUACCUGGGUGGCAGGCGCUGAGCCAAGGGUGAGGAUACAAAGAUAAAAGAUUAAAACCCAGGCCCAAGCCUUGGGAACCCAAGUACCCAGGCAGGGAGGCUGGGAAAUGAUAACUGUAUACCAAAGGUAGCUACAAUGUAAAUGCAAGUAAUCCUCGCGGAAGGCGCCAGGCAGAGGGAGGAGGAACUGGGAAGCCACUUAAGGGAAGGUGAGGAGGGAGAGCUUUCCUGCCUGAGGAAGAGCUGAUGCAAAGGCAAGGAGUCUGGAGAUGGGCUGUGAGUGGAGGGUGUCAUUGGAUCAUAGAAUGUGUGGGGGGGAAUCAACUAUAGGAAGCAUGGAAGGGUAGGACCAUGUCAGAUCACUGAAGAUUUUAAAUGCCAAAUGGAGGAAUUCAUGUUAUAUUCUGGAAGUAAUAGGGAGCCAUUGAGGUUAACAGUCUGAUUUUAUCACAUGCACCUUAGGGAGAGCCCUUUGACAGCUGAGUGGAGGAUGGAGUAGAGUGGGGAGAGGCAUUGUAAGUAGCUCUCCUCUCUGAGCCCCCUAGAGAGGGAAGGACACAGUGCCACUUUCAGUCAUGUGGAACCUUCUCUGCAGAUACUGAGUAGUAGGUGACCUUGAACAAGUCACUUAACCUCUGCCUCAGUUUCCUCAACUGUAAAAUGAGAGUAAUAAUACCCACCUACCAGGGUUUUAAGAAUCAUUUGAGACAUUUGGAAAGUAUUUAGCACAGUUCCUGGCACACAGUGGGUACUUAAUAAAUGCUUGUUUCUUUGAGACAUUUGGAAAGUAUUUAGCACAGUUCCUGGCACACAGUGGGUACUUAAUAAAUGCUUGUUUCUUUCCUUCUACUAUAUAGUGGCUCUAGCACCAAAAAAAGAGGAGGUUGACUAGGAGCCUGGGGAAAUGGACAUUCUGGACUCCAGUGGGUGUUGAGGAGUUUCUGGGUUGGAAGCCUGCUGCUUGUCAGAAGAAGCAGCACUGCAGCGGAUAACUAAAGGGCCUAAGGAAGCCUCCCAAGUCGUGUCCUGACCAGCAGGAUAGUCUGGACCUCUGGGCAUUCAGACACUGCAGGUCAGAGACAAAAGGAAGUCCCCUGUUUCUGCUGCAUCACCAAAUCAGCUUCCCUGUUUAGAAGAACAUAAGCAUGUGAUGGGCUUAAGAACAAAAGAGACAGUGUGACUGUGGGCAAGUCACUUAGCUCCAUUCCUCUAGCCCUUGCCCUUCAGCCUCAGCAUUGUUACUAAGACAGGUCGGAAGGGUUUAAAUAAUAAUACUUAUGUCAAGAGCUUUGCCUUUUGCCUCACCACCUGCUUUUAACCUCAGCUUCCUUCUUUACUACUCUGUGUGGCCUUGGACUAUUCAGCAGUGGUUCUGUUCAAGCAUUUAUUGAGCACCUAUGAUGUGUGAGGUUUUGAGAUCUCACGGGCUAUAAAGAGACAGUCUGGGAGUCAGAGCCAUGAAUUCAAGUGCUGCCUCUGACUCUACCCCACUCUAGUAAAAUCAGAUUUGGUGCAGCUAAGCACAAGGGAGAGAAGGAUAAGUCAGUUCCUGUCCUCCAGGAAGAGGACAUUCCUUUUUUUUUGAAGGAUGAAGGGAGAUGCACCAUUGAAGCCAAUACAGUAACUUCGGGAAAGGGACAGCAUUAUUUGGGGGAUCAGGAAAGGCUUCCUAUAGCUAGAAUUGAAUGAAAGCUCAGGAUUUUAGGAAUAGAGGUGAGGAGGGAGAGGAAGAGAGAGCCAUCCUUGGAGGAGGCUAGCCUGUUCCAAAGACGUGCAGGUCGGAAAAGGAAUGCUGACUUUCUGCAAAGACCGAGGCAGCCCCUCUGGCUAGAGAGGAGAGUGCUUGAAGUGAGGAAUGAUUUAAGAAAAGGCUGGAAAGGUCGCCUGAAGCCAGCUUUUCCGGGGCUUUCAGUACGUGUUUUUUUGGCUGAGGUGCGCCACUGGCAUCCUCAAGCUGGGGGGUGGCACUGCCAGGCCCGAGCUUUAAUAUUGUUCUUAAAAAUAACAAUAAAAAAGGAAAGCUACGGCCAUAUAGGGGCGACUUAGUGAAGGAGGGAGACUGAAAGCAGGAAGACCUAGAGGAGGCUGUUGAAAUAGUUGAGGGCAGAAAAGGGCCUGAACUAGGGUGGUGGCCAUGUAGGAACCCAGAAAAGAGUAGUGUGAGGGCUGUCGGGAUGGUAGCAUCCGAGAGACUUGGCAUCUCGAGAUGUGGGAAGGAAGCUCGUGGCCCUGGUGCUGGAUGGGAGUUGGUGCCUUCAGAAGCAAUGGGCACGUCCGAGGGAAAGCCGUGGGGGGAGAGGGGAGUCGUGAGCUCUCUUGAAUGUGUUCUUGGUGAGAAAUUUGCAGGAUGUUCAGGGUAAAUGUGCAGCAGUUAGUGAUGCUAAUUUUGAGGUUAAGUUACCAGAAAGGCCAAGCUGCGAACCCUUUCUGAGCCUCAGUUUCCUCAUUUUUUUCCCUUUAAGCCCUCACCUUCCAAUUUAGAGUUAAUACUUUGGAUUGGUUCCAAGGCAGAAGUGAGGUAAGGCAUAGGCAAUGGGGUUAAGUGACUUGCCCAGGGUCACACAGCUGGGAAGUGUCUGAGGCCAGAUUUGUACCCAGGGCCUCCUGUCUCUGGGUCUGGCUCUCCUACCUCGGAGCCAUCUUGCUGCUUCUGUUGCAUCGCCUCAUGAUCCGUGUUCUUCUCCCGCCUUGUUGCGACCUUUACGGGAUCCAUUUAGAUGCUGUCUCGGUGGGUUCUGUGAGCAGCACCUUCUCGGAGUGCUCGUCUCUUCGGCUCUGCCAUGGGGCCGGAGCGGGCACUUCCCACCUGCUGCACUGCACGCUGUGUUUCCUAGGCUUGCCGACGGGCCUUGAGCCGUGGGUGCGCCUCCCCCAGGGAUGGACGGAGGGAAACGGAACCUGUCACUGGAGACCUCAGUCAGCCAGUGACAGCACGAAGCGCUGGCUCAGUGCUGAGCGAGGCUGCACUCGUUGCUGGUUCGCGGAAGGGCAUUUUCCCAUUUUAGAGGAGGGGGUCGUGCCCUGCCCGGGUGCCCUGAAUCCGCCCACUCAGCCCCCUCCUCCUGGGUUCAGCACGUCGUGCCCAGCAGGGGCCUCCCCAAGCGAAGUGGUUUCUGAUGCCAGCUUGAAGUCCUGACUGGGGACCCCUGUGCUAAGACAGGCCACCUUCAGGUGCUCUUCAAGUGCUCUUUGUCAUUGCUGGGAUCCCCAGAAGCUUAAAUUCAUUCUGUGGGAGGAGCCAGCCUGUGGCUGUGCCCUGUCUGUGUCUGGUAUGUACAUGCGUGCAUGUAUAGACCAGGAAAAGGCCCGUCUAGACCUCCUGCACAUUCUGAGAUGGGACCAGGAAACAGCGGGCAUCUGGAGCUUGCAGUUGGGAGAGUCUCCCAGAGGCGGGCGGCCGAGCUCUGAGAGAAAGGGGAUUGUGGAGGCUCAAGGGAGGCCAGGCCAAAGGCUUGGACCAGGGACCCAGUCGAGAGUCGGGUGAGGAAGGUGAAGCCGGCUUGUGGGGAGUCUGCGCUGCCCAGCAGGGUUGUGGCUGCUCCUAGAAGCAGUGGGAGGUGCAGGGAGAAGAAGCGCAUUACAGGAACCCUUCACUUGGCAGGCCAGAAAGUCGCCUCUUUGUAGCAAGUGCUCGGCGGGAGUGGAAGAAAGCUCGCGCACGAUUGAGUAACAAUAAACUCUCCCCACAGUUUGACAACAGUAACACAGGUUUGCAUAGAGAGUGGAUACUUAGUAAGUGUUUGUGGAACUUCACUAAAGUUUGCCUUAGUUAAUUUAUAAAUGAGUUGUGCAGACAGAAUUACUGUAGAAGUGGAGAGGAGUGGAGGAUCGCUUAAGGUCAACUGGGUAUGGUCAGAAAUACCCCAACUCAGUGAUGGGGAACCUAUUAGAGAUGGAGUGCUGGGCCAUGCCCCCCCCACCAGGUUCUGUGCCCCCCCUUACUUCACCCAGGGGAGGUAGGAAGCACCCCCAUUGGACUGCUGGGCAGGGGACAGGUGAUAUCGUCAGGCUUGGGGAGAGGUGAGGGGUGUAAGCAAGCCCUCUGCCACAUUCACUUCAUCAUGUUCCAGCCUUCCUGAAGGGGGUAUCCUCCAAAUGAACCUUUUUUAUUAGCAAAUGGUCAAGGGUUGAAGUCAGAUUCUAAUUUGGGUGCAGGGCUGAUUGGGAGAUUGACAAGCCACUAGUGUGUUUUCCUGAGCUUCUAGCCCACCUGCUUUCCUUCUGGCAGGCACCCCUUUGCUGCAGGCCCAAGAAUGCAAAUUUUAAAGUCCCCCAAGUUUGCUUGUGAAAGAAACUGGGGAAAUUUUGAACAUUUUUAAAACUCAAAAGAUAUCCCCAAAUCCCAAAAAUACUUUGUAUAGUAAAGUCUUAAAGACAUAAGUUGUUUCUGUCUCCUCAGGCCAAAGAUAAUGAAGAGGCUGUUGUGUUCUGAAUGGGACGGGGCAAUCCUGUCUUGAAGAGACCUUACUAACUCCUACUGGGGGGAGGGAAGAGGAGAGCAGCCCUGUGGCUCCUCAGGGACCGGGUCCUUGGCAGGUAUUUCCCUACUUGUGAAACUAUUGUAACAUAGCAUUCCUUUGAAGUUCUUCCAGAUUCUACUGUUAGUAAUUACACCAAAGUGAAAAGAUAUGAAUGAACAUCCUAAAAAAAGGAAAAGGAAGACUCUACAUCCCUCUCGUUAUUCAGAUUCUACUGGCAUAACCAAAAUUGCAGAUGGAUUCAAUGGAAUUUUCUCCGAUCACUGUUACAGUGUCUGUUCUAUGAGACAGCCAGAUUUAAAAUAUUUUGAAAACAAAGAUGACGAUUCCGAUACAGAGACCUCAAACGACCUGCCUAAAUUCUCAGAAGGAAGUAGAGGAAGGAGCCGAAGCCAGAACCCCCUGGUUCCCAGCCCCGUGCUCAGGAUCCUAGACCCCGCUGCCUUCUCUGCAGAGAAAUCCGUUGCCGAUAUUGAGAUCUGUGAGGAGUGCGACUCUCCGGAGCCGGUUCAGCAGCAGACGCGGGAGGAGAGCCCCAUUGAAGUGCGCACGGCCGAAGACGUGCCCAUCGCGGCCGAGGUGCACGCCGUCUCUGAGGACUAUGACGCCGAGACCGAAAACCUGUCCUCGGAGAGCCUGCAGGACCAAGUGGGCGAAGAGCCCCCCGUGAAGCUGUGCCGCCUUCUGGACAAGAACCCAGCCCUGAACGUCACCAGCCAGCAGAAGUGGCCCCUCCUGAGAGCCAACAGCAGCGGCCUGUACAAGUGUGAGCUGUGCCAGUUCAACAGCAAGUACUUUUCCGACCUGAAGCAGCACGUGGUGCUCAAGCACAAGCGCCCCGACGAAGGCCACGUGUGCCGAGUGUGCAAGGAGAGCUUCUCCAGCAGCCGGCUCCUGCUGGACCACGUGAAGCUGCACGAGGAGGAGCCCUACCUGUGCAAGUACUGCGACUACCGCACCGUGCUCCUGGAGAGCCUGAGCCAGCACAUCGCUGACGCCCACUUCAGCGACCACCUGUACUGGUGCGAGCAGUGCGACCUGCAGUUCUCCUCCAGCAGCGAGCUCUACCUGCACUUCCAGGAGCACAGCUGCGACGAGCAGUACCUGUGCCAGUUCUGUGAGCACGAGACCAACGACCCCGAGGACCUGCACAGCCACGUGGUCAACGAGCACGCCUGCAGGCUCAUCGAGCUGAGCGACAAGGACAGCGGCCGCCCGGGCGGCGGGGGCGCGGCAGGCGGCGAGCACAGCCAGUACAGCCUCCUCAGCAAGAUCACGUUCGACAAGUGCAGGAACUUCUUCGUCUGUCAGGUGUGUGGUUUUCGAAGCCGACUGCAUACAAACGUUAACAGGCACGUGGCCAUUGAGCACACCAAAAUUUUCCCCCAUGUCUGUGAUGACUGUGGGAAGGGCUUCUCUAGCAUGUUAGAAUACUGCAAACAUUUAAAUUCACACUUAUCGGAGGGGAUCUAUUUAUGUCAGUACUGUGAAUAUUCCACGGGACAGAUCGAAGAUCUGAAAACUCAUCUCGACUUCAGGCACGCAGCUGACUUGCCUCAUAAAUGUAACGACUGCUUGAUGCGGUUUGGGAAUGAGAGGGAACUUUUAAGCCACCUGACAGUCCACGAGACAGCUUGAUUGUCCUCUUCUUAAUUUUCAGAGUGUUGGUGUAAAAUAAUAAUAAAUUCAUCUUUUAUUAGAGGUUCUACCCUGGAUGGUUUUCAUAAUGAUCCCGAGGAGGGUGAUAGGUAACCCUAUUUAUUUAUUUAUUUAUUUGAGCCGUGAGGGUUUUUCUAGCUGCGGGGUGUAGGGUUUUCAGCCCACGAGGGUGUCUGAAAUGUGUUGCUGUCAGUUUGAUCUUCCAGGAUUCUGGGUUCCCUGCCACAUGGUCAGUGCUCCUAGGUGUCAGGGAUGGAGGCAGGAGCUGGGUUGCUUGGAAGGGAAGGUACACGGGCCAUUGGUAUGCUUUAAUAACUAACUGCUUCCGUUUUUUUAAAAAACACAAAAGUAAGCAUAGUUCUGUUGUUAGACGUCAUCCAAGUACCUAAGUUCAGGAGGCAUUGACAGGAGACGGGCACUGUGUGUGUAUGUACAUAUGUGUACAUACUUGUGUAUAUAAUUAAGCUAUUUCCAGGCGAGGACCCAGACCUUCGACUUCCUCUCCCCUCCAGCCAUCAUUCCCAAGUCCUUCAGAUUUUCCUUCCUUUAUUGGACAAGUGUUUCUCCCUGACUCUUAACCAUUUUUGCCGCCAUAGAGUUCACUCAGAAGCACUAUUUUUAAGUUAAUUUGGUGAGAGUUGUAGUCUUCUGUCCUGUUCCACCAUCUUCCCACAAUGCAACAGUCUUCUUCCAUCUCCAUCCCAUCCUUUUAGUUGUGGUGGUAAGAUAUUAUUCUUCACUUGGUAGUUCCUUUUAAAUAAAAAUGUAAAACACCCUUCUUCCCCAUCCCCCAGACUUAGUUUUGAAAAAUUGGUGUAAGAUAAUCUUUAAAGCAACAAGAUUUUGUCCGCUGGUUUGUUUUGAUCUGGAUCUGUCAUUUCAAUAGAGUAGAAAAGCAUGUGGAAACUCUCCACCAAUGCCAAUUAGCAACUUGUCAGCGACUCUUUGGCAGUCAUACCAGAGAGAUACACUGAAACCCUAGAAGAGUGCAAGUGUAACAAUACCUGAUGGUGAAAUGAAGAAAGUUUCCCAAAAGAGAUUGCAAAUGCACCUAAUUGGCUCUUGUAAAUCUUUGGCCCAACAAUGAACGGUAAACCUGAACAGGCUGUCGGGACAGACAGCUCGACCACAUAUAGUUCCUGGUCCUCAGGUUCAACCUUGUUACAGUUUGCACAGGGCAGUUUUUCCAUGCUGGAGUUAAUCUGUUCUUUGACUCUUGCCGUCACAGUCUUUCACAAUCCAGCUCCGUUUCUUAUCUAUUUCUACCUCAGUAAUGUGUCCUGAUUUCCCCAUGUGCAGUAUGCCUAUUAACCUCCUCCGUGGCAAAAUCCCAGUGUCCCAGGGGCUAAGUGGGUCCUGGGACUUGGCAUUGCAGAAUGUUAGCAGUAAAUCCCUACCUUAGAGAGCAUGCAACCAACCAAAUCCCUUCAUACUGUAUUUCUUAGCCUAAGAAAAGUGAAGUGAUUUAGCUCAGGUCAUACAGCAACUAAGUGGCAAAAUAUGGCCUGGAAUCUGGGUUUCUUGUGCUUUUUUAUGUUCUUUGUCUGUCCCGGCUCAUUUUUUGUCAGUUUUGAUACAUUGGCUUCAUUUGUCUGCUGUGCUUGACCAGGCCAAUGGAACUAAGUCGGGGGAGCAGAACUUAUAAAAAUUGGACAUAGAAGGCAGCUGGGUUGCCCAAUGGAUUGAGAGCCAGGCCUGGAGACAGGAGGUCCUGGGUUCAAAUCUGGCCUCAAACACUUCCCAGCUGUGUGUCCCUGGGCAAGUCACUUAACCCCAGUUGCCCAGACCUUAUUCCUCUUCUGCGUUGCAGUCAAUACCUAGUAUUGAUUAUAAGACAGAAGGCAAGGUGUUUUUUUCUUUUUAAUGAUCAUGAUAAUGCUUUGUAUUGUCGCAUAGUGCAUUUGCUUUUUAAAGCCAUUUAUCAUGGAUUGGCCACAAACUAUGGCCCUCUUGAUGAUCAGAUACUUAACACGGGGUAAGUGAACUUUACAUAGGUGAGCCUAGUAGAAAAGUCCUCAGAAGUAUGACUACAUCUGUGUUGCUCACCUUUUGAUGAGCCUGGAAUUGAGAUCCUUGCUGUCAGCCUCAGGGCAUUCUUGGCACUGUCCCAGUUUUUAAUUAAACAAUCUUUAUUUGAUGGUAAGCUACCAAUAUAGCCUGAGAUGUAUCAGUUGCUUUCCAGUCUAUAGUAUUCCGUUAAUGGAAUUAUUUAGGAAACCGGAGUCCUCUUCAUUUUUCCUCUAAAUGCAGCCCUAAUUUCCAUAGUCCUCACUUGUUCCUUGGCUACAUUUCUAUUCCGGGGGCACAUGGCUGAUCAUGCUUUAUAUGUCAAUACAAAAGAAUUCUAACUGCGAUGUUGGCAGCAGAGGCAAGCAGUGUGAUGUGCCUGUCUAAAGAUAACUUGGCAGAGCUCUUGUUUUUCCACAGUGAAAGAGUGGUGUUUUUUAUUUUUAAAGAGACAUUAUUUUUGAAAUUACAAGGGACUUCUUCUACUCUCUGUGGGUUGAAGAAAAGCUCUUCUUGGGCCAGUUUUCAAAAGUUUGCCAGUUAAGUCGAGAGGUCUCGGUUCUGACACUUGUUGAUGGCUCUAAAGCUGAACUACUAAGUCCUGGUGAGUUUCUCCAUUCUCCUUGGCUUUAUUCAGAUGAUGUUCCAGUCAUGUAGGUAGUAUGUUAUAGGUAUAUCAACAUAUUUUUAUUUUUAACAUGAUACAAAAAUAUAAUACCAAAAAACUUGCUCUAUAAAACCUCACGUUUCUUUAUCUCAGCAUUCUACCGUCAGUCACAUAAUAAAAUAUGUCAGGCGGCUUGUUCAGUGUAUUGUGUAUAUCACUCAGCCUUUCAGGAGAUUUUCUUCUACUUAUUGAAAAGUGUAGGAAGGAUAUUUCUUAUUUGGCUACAACAGUAGCCUCUGGCAUAUUGCCAUCUUUUUUUUUCUCCAACCUGAAUUGCUACUAUUAAAGAAAAAAAGUCUCAUUCAAGUAUCUCCAAGGCACUGGUAAUAUGUAAAUUAUGUAUAGCUUUUUUAAAAAAAGGAACAAAAAUCAAAGAUCUUUAAAAAUCAAAAUGAGAUUCUAGCCAAAGGAAAGAAUGAUCAUGGUCUUAUUUUCUGAUUGUUGCCAAGUUUAAAUGGUGUAAGAGUAUUUGCUCUGUCAGUGUUUACCUCCUGGUUAUACAUUACCCUAUCCAUACCCCUUGAUAAUUGUCUGAAGACUGGAAGUGAAACUAGACUUAAUGGUUUUUCAUUUUCUCACCUUUAACUCUUAAUUUCAAUUCCAGUAAAUUAAUCUCUUCUUGAGAAUUAUGAGAGCGUGAAUUAUAAGUGAAAAAUACAUUUUUGUAACAUUUUUAUAUUUUUAAUUCUGCCUCAUCUUCACUUACAUUUCAUGUAAAUUUUUUUAUACUUCCAUAGUUUUCUAUUUGAACAACUCAAUGCAAGAAUAAGAAAAUUAGAGAAAGUGCAUCAUGGUAAUUACAGAUGGAAAAAGGCAGCGAAAAUGCCUGCAAAUUUCUAUUUGUGUUGAAUGUAUUUAUUAAACGAGAAAGUUUUAUAUAAAAUUCAUAUUUAAAAUAUUUAUGCUGUGAUAUUACCUUGUUAAUAUAAAGUUACAAAGUGAACAUAUGCUCAUAACCCAUAAUGUUUGAAAAAAGCUCAUUUUAGUCUUAUUCAUUGAGUUUAAGAGUAUGAUUUUCUUCAUAUCAAUGAUCGUCCAUUGUGUAUGAAAGAAGAAUUUUCUGAAUAGUGAAUUCCAGCAUGGAAGUACCAUGAACUAUUUUUGAUGAUAACAUACUCUUGGUUUUUUUUUUUUAUUUUAAUAUUUUCCCCAGUUAGAUGGGAACAUUUUUACCUUCACUUUUUACAAUUUUGAGUUCCAUAUUCUCUCCUCUCUCCUCUCUCCCCUCCCUUCUCAUUGAGAAGGCAAGCAGUUUGAUAAAGGAUUAUAUAUGUGCAGUCAUGCAAAACAUAUUUCCAUAUUAGUCAUGUUGUGAAAAAAGAACAAAAAUAAAUAAAUUUUUAAAACAAGAUGCUUUGAUCUGAAUUAGAUUCCAUCUGUUCUUUCUCUGGAAGUAGGAUGCAGUUUUCAUCACAGGUCCUUCUGAAUUGUCAUGAAUCUUUGUAUUACUGAGAAUAGCUAAGGAUAACAUUCUUUUCUUAGAGGUAUUAUUACAAAUACUAUUCUUAUAAAACUACUGGAAGCUUGAGUAAAAUAGAAAUAACAGUACUGUAAUAUAAAAAUAGAAAUUAUCAAAAAACAAAUGGUAAAAUGCUAGUUGUAAUUUUUAAAUUACAAAUUUAUUUGCCAAUUAGAAACAUGGUUACUUUGUCUCUUCAUACCAAGACUGUAUAACUUGAAAACAGAAUACCCCCCAAAUACAUCACAGAACCCAAAGCAACUCCAGAAUAUUAAAAUCAAUCUUUUAAACAAUGAUUAUUAACUAUCAUAGUAUUAUUAUCUCAUUUAAGAAGCACUAAUGGUUUCUAAAGAGAAUUUUUACUAUAAUGAGUUGUUACAAAGUGUUAAAAAAAAAAGGCAAAUGAUUUCAAGCAAUCAUAUAUAGUAUGGAGAGAGCACUGAGUUUGGAACUAGAAGACUUGAGUCUAUAUGUCCCAGCCCUGUUAUUUGUGAUCCUGAGCAAGUCAACUUCUCUGGGCCUCCUAAAAUGAAAGAAAUGAGAAGAUCUCUAGGUCCUCUGCAGCUUCCCUCAUCCUCUGACUUGAUAAUAUUUGUAAGACUCAGAGACCAAAAUGAAAAAGACUGUAAUCCAUCCUAUAAUGGGGUGGAAUAGUAUCAGAGACCCCGAGGGUAAUCAGAACCUAGGAAUCCCUAAUCUUCAUUAAUGAUAUUAGCCAGUUGGCAUCAACCAGCAAAAACAAUUCCUGGGAAAUAUUUUGAUUUGUUUGUUCCUAUUCUUGGACUUUGAAUGUUGCUCAUGUAGUUUGACCAAACUUGAUAGUGUGACUGCUUCACAAAGUUCCUUCUUUAAGGUGUUGCCUGGGCCCACUUAGCUUACUUGCCCCCCAUUCUUUCCAACAUUGCCCCUUGUGCUCUGUUCAGUUUUAUUUUUUCAUUGCCCUUUUAUUCUUCCAGCUCCUCAUUUUACCAAACUAUAACUUAUUUACACCUUCCCACUUUUCAACUGAAGCUCUCUCCCAAGUCAUCUUUUUAGAAUUUUAGAAAUCCUCCAGGAAGUCAGAACCAUUUCCUUGGGGCAGCAGAGUGGCUAAGUGGACAGAGUAAAAGAGCUGGAGUCAGGAAGCCCUGGGUUCAAAUUUGGCCUCAGACACUUCCUAGCUUUGUGACCCUGAGCAAGUCACUUACCCCCAGUUGUCUAGCCCUUUUCACUCUUCUGCCUUGGAACCAAUACUUGUGUGGAUUAAGACAGAAGGUAAGGGGUUUUGUUGUUGCUGUUGUUGUUUUUCAAGCAUUUCCUAAUGACUAGUUGUCAUUUUUUUAUUUGAAAUUUUAGAAAAACCAAUUCCUCCCUUCAUUUUCUGGAUCUUUGUACCCUUUACCAUGCCAAAGAGACUUGAUCUGUAUAUUUUGUAAAUGUAUCAUACAGUAUUACACACAUGGAUAUCUAUGGUGUCUGUACAGUUUUGGCCUGCCAAGUUUGGAUAUGUCAAAUGUGUUUCAUUUGAACUUGUGAGUAGUUGGGCUAAUGUGUUCUACAUGCAAAAGAAUUCCAUAUGAGUCUUAAUAAAUGUUUUUAAAUGAU